CUACCUUUCUUACUGAGGUGUCGGCAACAGUGGAUGCUGCGCCUGUUCCUGCAAGGAGGAGGGAAACGGGGGAAAAAAUGGCCCUCGACAAUUUAAUUUUCGCUCAAUGCAUUCUGUAUUUUUUAGCUUUUGUAUUCGGUUUCAUCGCAGUGGUUCCUCUGUCCGAAAACACGGAGGAUUUUGGGGGGAAAUGUCUGCUGUUCACGCGUGGGAUGUGGCAGAAUGAGAACAUCACUGUGUCGAAGCAGCGGUUCAUCGUGGAUGAAUGGGGACCCGAGUCUUCCUGCAGCUUCAUCACUUUUGUCGGGAUAGCCUCCCUCAUCCUGUCCGCAGUGCAGGCUUGGAGGCUGCUCUUCUUCCUGUGCAAAGGACACGACGACUCCAUCUUCAAUGCCUUCCUCAACCUGCUGAUCAGCUCCCUGGUGGUCUUCACCAUCUUCCUGUCCAGCACCAUGGUCAGCGUGGGCUUCAACCUGUGGUGUGACUCCAUCACAGAGGGGGGCACCAUGCCCAACAGUUGCGAGGAAUUGCAGGACACUGAUCUGGAGCUGGGCGUUAACAAUUCUGCUUUCUAUGACCAGUUUGCUAUAGCUCAGUUUGGCUUGUGGGCUGCAUGGCUCACCUGGCUGGGGAUUGCCGCGUUGGCCUUCCUCAAGGUCUACCACAACUACAGCCUGCUGGACGGUCUCAUCCACGAAAAGGAGCUGCUACUGGGACGCUCUUCUUCUCGUCGCGGCUCUGACCUCAAAACCGGCCUCAUCUAGGAAGCAAAGGAUGCACACACACACAUACACCAUACCUUCUUCUUGCCUGCCAUGAGAAACACCACUGUUUGCCUCUGUAGACAAUCACAAUCAAUUGGCUUUUGCUCCCGUCGUGCAGAGAUAGAGUCCGAGUGAAGGCUUUAGCUUUGUUCUCCAUUGCUGAUUGAUUUCCCCUAAAAAAAAACACCAAUAGUUGUUCAUUCAACCACUAAAGCUCUUUAAUGCCAACACCUCCCUGCUAUUCAGGGAGGCUUGGAUGCUUUGUUGGAUGGUGUCUUUGUGAACCUUAUGCAUGAAACCAAAUGCAUGACAAGCAAAUAUUAAUAAUAAUAAUAAGGUGUUUUUAGGUGUGAAGGGAGCAUACAGUAUUUAAAUCUUGUUUUAUACACCAAUAAAUGUAUUCCGAGGGUAGAAUUUUUUUUCUUCACCCUGCAUGCUGCAGCAUACCUAAUAAAACAUGUGCUUUUGUGUACCCACACUAUAAACAAAUAUUACUGUACUUCUGCAGCAAGUCCCAUUCUACUUUUAGCAACUUGUAUCUCACCUCAGGCUUCUCCAUUACUAUAUAUAUAUAUUGUAUUUUGCAUUCAAUAUUUACAGUAUACCUUAUGAAAGAAAUCGAAAAAUCAUCAGAGGUCAAGUGUCUUCCUACUUGUUAACAGUUUUAUUCAAAACAAUUGAAAUCAUAAAAAAAAAACAAAGAAAAGCUUCUUUAAAGGCACUUCUUUCAAAGUGGCCAUACGUGAAAUGCUGCUAAGCUAAAUGUGCAUACAAGACAUCUUUUUACAAAGUUUGAUGUUAAAAAUCCUUCCUUCGCUAAAUCCCAUAAGCUCUAAUUAGAACUCUAAUUAGUGUGUUAUUGCUCAUGAGAGGUACACAGUAUGUGUGAUGUGCCCUUAAAGAUGUUCAUGUCAUGCUUGAAAUGAUGCUUCCAUAAAGGGGACUCACACUGCAA